AAAAAAAAAAGACAAAUUGCAUCAAGUAAAGGGUACAUACGGAUCACAAUUCACUUUACUGGCUGGCUUUGCGCGGGCAUAUGAUUUCUUACUCGCGAGAACGAAAAAAAAAGGGAGACUCAACAUGGAGAGGUGUUCUGCAUUCGUGCUUACUGGUCAAAAAUGUUGAAGCCUCCAGGACGCGGGUAUGGAGUCUCUUUUACUUUUACUAUGUUUGGCAUUUCUUGUUCAUUCGGCACAAUGGCCCACCUCAUUGGCCCGAGGGCACAAUGUCGUGGGCCACCGCUGUUUUCACGCCUUUUACUGUUCAUGACAUUGUUAGACGUUUAUUUUUUUAUUUUUCUCUUCAUGCCAACUUGUACCGGCAUCCACUAGAGCGUUUGGGAUCGGGGUUGGAAACGUUCAGUUUAUGAGAAGGCAGGUUAUCUGUUCUUCGAUAUGUGGAUGGGAGUGGUGGUUUGACGGAAAUGAACCCAACGUACCAGAAAGCCGUCGGGACUGGCGCUAGAUUUGUAUGUCGCGCAGUGGCCGCUGGUUAAUUAGGAACAGCGCCAUGGGUAUCGGGCAAGCUUUGAUGUGAGUAACAUCAACAGCAGGAUUGGAAAAGUUUUCGCCGAAAGGACGAGAUUGGAAAGGGAAAAAAUGGGACGGAGCACAAAAUGGCAUACCCAUGGGUGACGACAAAGACAUAGCAUAGCCUACGUACUGAAGACGCAGUGGCAGACACAGUCCUAGACAAGUAAACAAAAUAACAAAACAUAAUGAAGCAAACUUGUG